AUGUCGACUUCUGCAGCGACUCGAGCUCCUACAUCCGAGGGUAGGACAGGCGCAGCUCGCACCUAUGACGAUGCCAUUGACGCGCUCAACUCGCUGCAGAGCAACGCUGCCACCAUCGAAGCGCUUCGCAAGUCUGGCGGUCGCCUGCUCGACUUUGCCAUCCCCGAAAUGGUCGAGUAUCUGGAGCGAAUCGGCUACGUCACCUCAGAUCUCGACCAGCUCAAUGUCAUCCACAUUACGGGCACCAAGGGCAAAGGUAGCACUUCGGCGUUUGUCGAUUCGUUGCUACGCCAACUCACGCCUCUCGAUUCCAAACCCAAAGUCGGGCUUUACACUUCACCUCACAUGACGAGCGUUCGCGAACGAAUCCGUAUCAAUGGUCAGCCCGUAUCGCACGAGCUGUUUACAACCUACUUUUGGCAGGUCUGGGAUCGCCUGGAGCAGAAUCCGACGCGCAAGUUUGACCUCACCCCGCUCCGACCCGUCUACUUUCGCUUCUUGACGCUGCUCGCCUUCCACAUCUUCCUCUCGGAAGGUGUGCAACCUGUCAUCCUCGAGGUCGGCAUCGGUGGCAAGUACGACUCGACCAACAUCGUGCCCAAAUGUAUCGUCGCCGGCAUCACGCAGCUCGGCUUGGACCACACCGCCAUCCUCGGCAACACUGUGGAAGAGAUCGCAGUUCAAAAAGCGGGCAUCUUUAAACCGCAGCGUCCAGCUGUGUGUUGGGCGCAGCAGCCAGGCAAGGCCCUGGACGAGGUAGAGCGUGUCGCGCAACAAGUGGGCGUGAGCGAUCUCAAGAUUGUCGACGUGCACCCAGCUUUGGCAACAAAAGCGGCAGCGCUGGGAUCCGAGGAUGCAAACACCGUCAGCCUCGGAUUGCCAGGAUUCCACCAAACCACCAAUGCAAGCGUGGCGCUCGAGCUGGUCAAUGCAUACCUCGACUCGGAAGCAGGCAAGGCCAUGUUCAAGGAAACGUCACAUCGAGCUUCGACCUUGACGCCAUGGCAGCACAAGGGCUUACAAGAGGCGAGAUGGCCAGGGAGGUGUCAGACAGUGCCCACUUCGCGUCCAGGUCUGGCGCUGACGUGGUAUCUGGAUGGAGCGCAUACAACAGACUCGUUGAGCGUCUGUCUCGGCUGGUUUACCGCGAUUCAGCAGCGCCGUCAAACGCAAGCAAAGCGUAACAAGCGCGUGUUUGUGUUCAACUGCACCAACGGGCGUAGCGCGCACGAAUUGCUCUCGUCGGUGCUGGAUGCUGUCGAAAACAGACUGGGUGGGCAGCCUGGGUCGUCGCGGUACUCGUUCGCCAAGGACUACUUUGACCAAGUCAUCUUCACCACCAACAUCACAUUCGAGGGAGGCGGAUGGUCGUCGGAGCUGACGUCGAAGCUGUUGGACGAUGCGGAUCUGGUCAACUUGACGGUGCAGAACCAGCUAGCCGAGACGUGGAAGCAGCUGGUGCCCGACUCGUCGACUGAGGUGCGCAUCACUCCAAGCAUUCAGGCCAUGCAUAAUCAUGUGCUCGAAUUGGCACAGGCCCAAGGGGUCGACUGCCUCGUGUCGGGAUCGCUUCACUUGGUGGGCGGGGUCAUGGCGCAUUUGCAGCAGAGCGGGUGUCUGGACGACUCGCUCGUGUCGACCGUCAGUCCAUGA